AUGAGCAUCAUAUUCGACGUCUUCCGUGGCUCUCCUGAGGGCAAAAUUGUUACCGAUAAAACCACCCGCACUCUGGAACAUAACGAAGUCUUCAUUGAAACCACUCACUCCGGUCUUUGCGGAACAGAUGAGCACUACCUUAAGUCUGGCCAGGUACUUGGCCAUGAGGGUAUCGGUAUUAUCAAAGCUCUCGGCCCCGGUGUUACCUCGGUGAAGGUCGGAGACCGUGUUGGAUUUGGUUACACUCAUAGCAUUUGCACAGCCUGUGACAACUGCGAGACCGGCUGGGAUCAAUUCUGCCGCAACCAGAAGCAGUAUGGUUUCCAUGACUUCGACAAUGGUACUUUCAGCUACGGUGCUGUCUGGGAUGUCAACUGUGUCUAUCCUAUCCCAGAGGCAAUUAGCUCUGUCGAUGCUGCGCCUCUUAUGUGUGCAGGUGCCACUGUCUGGACUGUCCUGACUGAGUUCGGCAUUCGCUCCACUGACCGUGUUGCUAUUAUGGGUAUUGGUGGUCUCGGCCACAUUGCCAUCAAGCUUGCCGCCGCAUUGGGCUGUGAAGUCGUUGUCCUUUCUAGCUCUGAAGCCAAGAGACAGGAGGCUAUAGAGUACGGAGCCGCUGAGUAUCAUGUUUUCCGCUCCGGCGAGCCCAUGAAGGAUUUCAAGCCUGUCCAGCACUUGUUGCUGUGCGGAAGUGGCUCCGUCAGCUAUCCUUCUCUCAUGCCUCUCAUGGAUACCAAUGGUAGCAUCUACCCGCUCACGGUCGCUUUCGAGCCCUCUCCUGUCCCUAUGCUGGAUGUUCUCUUCAAGGGAGUCCGGAUCCAGGGCUCUCUGGUAGCCUCCCGGAAAGGUAUUCGCACUCUUCUCGACUUUGCCGCUCGGCAUAAGGUUGUGCCCACGGUCAUGACGUUCCCAUUAACUGUGGAGGGCAUUGAGGAGGCCAUGCAGGUUUUAAGAGAUGGCAAGAUGAGGUACCGAGGUGUACUGGUGAAAGGGCAGUGA